GCGGAUGACUGUGACUUCGUCCGCCAUAUUAUUUUGAUAGGAGGACGGGGGAGGCUCACUUCGCAAAAUGAGUUUCUUUGGAUUCGGCCAGGGUGCCGAGGUUGACAUAGUUCUUGAUGGUCAAGACUCACGUAAGACAGCUGAGAUCAAAACAGAGGAUGGGAAGAAAGAGUGGUAUUACUUGUACUUUGACGGAGAAACAGUAUCAGGAAAGGUGAAUGUGACACUGAAGAAGUCAGGUAGCAAGCUGGAGCACCAAGGGAUUAAGAUAGAAUUUAUUGGUCAGAUUGAGCUGUACUAUGACCGGGGAAACCACCAUGAGUUCACAUCAUUGGUCAAGGAGCUGGCCAGACCGGGCGAGCUCACACACAAUUCUAGCUAUAACUUCGAAUUUCAACAAGUGGAAAAACCAUAUGAGUCAUACACAGGGGCAAAUGUUAGGCUAAGGUAUUUUUUGCGUGUGACAAUUGUGAAGCGGUUAACAGACAUUGUGAAGGAGCAGGACAUUGUGGUCCACACUCUGUCUCAGUACCCGGACAUGAACAACAGCAUAAAGAUGGAAGUGGGCAUUGAAGACUGUCUUCAUAUAGAGUUUGAAUACAACAAGUCCAAAUAUCAUCUGAAAGAUGUAAUUGUGGGGAAAAUUUACUUCCUUCUGGUGAGAAUUAAAAUUCGAUACAUGGAGCUUGCUAUAGUCCGUCGAGAGUCAACAGGCGCAGGUCCCAACACAUUCAAUGAGAAUGAAACCAUAGCAAAAUAUGAAAUUAUGGAUGGUGCGCCAGUUCGAGGGGAGUCAAUACCUAUCCGACUGUUCCUCAGUGGGUAUGAGCUGACACCAACUAUGAGAGACAUAAACAAGAAGUUUUCUGUUCGCUACUAUCUCAACUUGGUGCUAGUUGAUGAGGAAGAGAGACGGUAUUUCAAACAACAGGAGAUCACAAUAUUCCGCCGGGCAGACAAGGUGAAGCGGUCGUACCAGGCGUCCAUGCAUCAUCACCAGCCCAACUUACAACGUGAAAACCCCAAGUUGAAACCCAGCCCUGUGGAGGAGAACAGCACGCCGGAGAAGGAGGAAGAAGAGGAAGACGAGGGGGAAGAUUCUUAACGAUCAUAUCGCUAAGAGGAAGUUGAUAUAACGAUGUUAAUAACGGAGAAGAUAUCGUGAUGACAUUUGGAAUGAAGGUGGCAGUGUCACAGCAUGUAGGACUGCCAUAGCUCAUCAGAAUUAUUAGUGUGUACAAGGGUGGAUUUGGGUUGGUGGGAUAGCUUAUAUGAAAAUGCUAAGGGAUAUGUGAUAGGGGUUCUUGUCAGAUUGAAACUCAUUCAUGUGUUGUACAACUCAGAUUUUAGCUAUUCUAUUUUGAUAUUACUCGUAUUUUGAUUCUAGUCAGUAAAUCAAAUUGGACUUUAGCCCUAGUUACAGUUGGUCAAUAUGGAAAGUGUUUACAUGAAAAUUGUAUGACCUAUACAACUUCAGCUGUAGUACAACACAAAAUGGGGAAGAAAUAUUUAAAAUUUAAAUUACUUACUCUUGUGGAAGUUACAUGUGAAAUUUCCUGAAUUCAAAGUGAGAUGACUAACAACUCCUUUCCUAAAUCCACUCUAUGUGAUGUGUUAUACUGUACUCACAAGGGGAUGUGCAAGUCAGGGGAGGCAGCUGCUACGAGUGUGUUGGACUCAUUCCGGUAGUGAAUGUGGCUUGUGUGUGGUAAGUUUGUAUGGACAAAAUGCAGGCCUGUUCUCAGACAGGCACAACAAAAUAGGGUUCAGUGUUGUUUGUGGAUAGCAAAAUGAGACUAAACACCCUAAUUUAUUGUGUUUCUUAUAUUGGUGCAUUAAUACUCUGAACCAUUCACAAUGAAGCUGAAAGUUGUAAAACAUAAUUAAUGUAAAACAUGCUGAAUUAAUACUGGCAGAGUUGAGUCCAUUUCUCCAAUGUUUGGACUCUGCUGAGAAUCGUUUAUGCAUCAUAUGCAUAGAAAUCGUGACGCACCAAAACUGUAGCUUCCCAUGUACAGAAGUAGUCCUUUUAGUUGUCUGUUCAUUGUUAUAAGUAAGUUAUACCAUUGCUCACCUAAUGACAAAGUGUACUGUCUCUGUGAUCCAAAAAUGGCAUAGCACUGGUCAUAUGAGCAGCAAGGGACUGGUCAGCUGAAAGCUUCAAGGGGCAAUGGAGAGAAUUGGGCGAGAAGAUUGUGAUGUGACCAAUCAUUUAGUGUUUCAUUACAGCUGUUAAGUUAAGCUCAUAAUAAUAUAAGACGAAAGUGAUUGUAAAUACUGAAGCUGUCAUUGGUUGUAUUCCUGUGUCAGUUGUGUGCUGUGUUAUUCAACUGUGCAUUAGGGGUGUGGCCACACAGGGUUGUAACAUGGCUUCUGGUGCAAUACGCUCAUUGCGUUGGACGAAUGAUGCAAAUGUUUGUCGAAUGGUCACAACACCUCACAUUUUGGUGAGACCCUGCAGAAAACUGUUGACAGUUGCCAGAUGUAUCCUGACGCCGUCUUGCAUUGCAUCAUGAGUCUUGCAUGUGUCUUGAUGUUCCCUUGCAUAGCCAUGUGUAUGGCGACUACUGCAAGAUGAUGCUAUGAGGCACCCCUGUUCAUCUACACUCCUCAUCAUGAGAGUGUCAACACUGUUCCAUCUCAUGUUGUGUGUAUAUCGUAUCGAGACCUCUGUCUGACUGUACAGGUAAUGUUAUUGCCAAGCAUUUGCUCAUGUUUGAACAAACUCUUAAUUUCAUUUUAUUGUUUACGUCAAUAAUUUAUGGAUGUCAUAAUUGUGAUGAAUGAGUGACGAGCACCAACAAAACUGAUCAGAAUAAGAAUUGUCUUGAUUGCUGCAUUUCUAAACUGCAUGUAUCCUCUUGGGUUCCAGCUUUGGUUUGUCUGUGACUCUGAGGCUACUUUCCUGGAUGUGUUUCUCGUUCUCGGCUUCAGUACACCAAACAAAUUGUCGGUGGAGAUGUUCGGUUUAAUUUGGAACUUACAUCCUUGCACAUUCCUGCUUGAAAAAUAAUUUGUUGGAGGGGGAGGGGUGGGGGUGGGGGGGUGGGCUCUUUCUCUGUUAGUAAACCCCAUGUAUUUUGUUUGUCUAUGGAACUGUGAUUUGAUUUACUCUGCAUAAAAUGUGAACAUCUUUCGCUGAUAUUGUAAAAAUAAAUAAAAUAUGUUUAACAUUAAGAGUAUCUUGCAUAAACAUAAUAAGGAUCAUAUAUUAUCAGGCGGCAGUGAAUGAAAUUACUGUAUUGAACUGGAAAUAGAGAUAAACGAUAUUGAAUGAGCUAUGUAUAUGUAAAUAAUGUGUACAGGUGGAGAUGUGUCUUAUCCAGAUAGCAACCUUUUAGUGAAACAAAACUUGCAGCGCUGAUGCUACUUUAGCAUACAUGGCCAGUUACAAUGACCCAUGAUUAUUCUAGUAAGAAAGGUAAACAUAAUAUCAUGUUCACCAUAUGAAGAGAAAACAUCCAACAGGAUCAACUACCAAAUGUUGUCCAUGAAGCCAUUCUUGGUGACCACCGUGAUAUACCUGGAAUGUUGCCGAUAGCAGUGUAAGACCAUAUUCAUUCACAAUAUUUCAUUCUGUUUAUCAUCUGUUUUAAUAUUAAGUUGGAUAGCACUUCAUUAUGAAAAUGUGCAUGUGACAUUCACAAUUGAUUUUUCUUGUCUAAUUAAACUGUCUUAUUAAACUGUCAGAGGUAGUAGAAAAGUCUAAAUGCCAAACAACUUUCAUUCUGGUAUAUUUCAAUUGUCCACCUCACAGUAGUUAUGGUAUAAAAUUAAGUUUAAAGACUCCUAAUCCUUUCGACUUUUUCAACAAGCCCAAGUUGUUUGGACUUGUGUGAACACAAGAAGGUUAGACGAUGUACAGAAGUAAUGUAUUGUGACAGCCUGACACACAUUAACAGUGUAUUGUAGUUAGCAAGAUGUUUCCUUUCCGUACCUCUUAUACCUCUCUGUGCUUCUCUCGUCCUACACCUGUCCUUUAGCGGAGUAAGGGCUGCACUUCGGUGUUUAUAUUUGAAAACCAAUAUUUAAGUGUUGGAAACAGUAUGGUUGUAUGGCUUGUCUCUAAGUUUUGUUAAUAUUCUUGUUGUGUACAGAUUUGUUAUUUUAUAGAUACCCUGUAUGUAUACAAAUAAUCCUCUUUUCUAUUGCUUGUGCUUAAAUAAGCAAGUACCUCGAUAAGCAUAGUGUAUAAUAAAUAUGAUCCAUGUAGGACAGAAGUGUUGUAGACAAGAAGUUUUGUGAAUUUUAUCAUUAAUUGAGAAGAUUGAAUAAAUGAAAUGUUAGUAUUUUUGGUUAUGAUUUCUUGAAUGAUGAUAAAAUUCUUCAGCAUGUUUCACUUUAUCAGAAUCAAGCACUUUGUAGUUAUGGCUGCUGUAUGGUAACUUCCUGAGUUACCUCCCUUGUGCAAAUGCAUCCAAAAAGAAAUAGUUGCUACUCAGAACUAUGAAUGGUAUCACUUUCCAGUUUUUUAACAUCCUACGUUAGAUGAGUGUAGAUUUUGUUUGAUAAUCUCUUCUGAAUAACACAGAUAUCCAUGUCAUAUGUCUGUUCAAAACUAAAUCAGUUUGGGAGGUGUCUUCAACAAGGGAGAUAACUCAAAGGUUAACAGGAUGUCAAAUACCAUGCUGCAUGAAAUAUGCUGUUCAGUACCACUUGUAAAUUUCACACCAACUUGAUCAUGUACUCAUUUUGAUGUUUGUCAUUUGUCAUCUAUGACAAAAUAAAUGAUAACAGAAUCUG